CAGAAGAGCUCUGAAUCGCCCAGAGGAGGAAGAGGAGGAGGAGAGAAAGCAUCUGCAGCGUAUAAGGACCAUCAGAUCACACAAGCCGAAGAGGAUCUCUGAGAUACAGAUCAGCGAGUCAAGCUGGCUGCAGACGAGACAAAACGCUCGGUGGAGGAGGGAGAGGCCAACGGGCAAGCAGGGAAGGAGCCUCCUCGAAACCUGAUGGUGAGAGUGGAGCUGGAGUGGGACAUUCCCAUGGCGGUGACGCUGCCCAUCCAGGUACAGCCUGACCCGGCCAAGCAACCCUUCCCCUUCCUGGACACCACGCUGGCCGACCUGGGCAUCCAAGAGUCAGAGGUGAAGGAGAGGGUGGUGUGGGUGGACACCAAGAAGACCCAGGUGAAGAACAAAGCAGGGAAGCUGAAGGAGAAAGAGAUCACCAUCCUGGAGGUGCGAGUGAAAGCCCAGAAACCAGGAGACAAACAGCUCCAGGAGGUUCUGUACAGCACCGAGGCCCACACCGACCGCUCCUUCUGCCGCACCGGGAUGAAUAUUCUGCCCUGGAGACAGAGACACGCAGGUCUGGGAGCAGCUUUAAUCCAUUCAGAUAAAGACUAUUAACCCUCCUGUUGUCUUCAUUUACGGGCACCAAAAAAUAUUGUUUCCUUGUCUGAAAAAAAUCCAAAAAUUCCACACACAAAAAAAACUCUCCAAAUUUCUGAAAAUUUGUAAAACCUUCAAGAAGAAAAUUCCAAUAAUUCCUUAAAAGUUGUAUUUUUAAAAAAUUCCCCAAAUUUGGUAAGAAAAUUCUGGCAGAUAUUUUCAAAAAAAAAAUGAGUAAAAAUCUUCCAAAAAAAUCCUAAAAAUAUCUAAAUGAUCACAUAUAUCAGUGAAACUUCUAAUAUUC